AUGCAACAAUUUCUCACUUGGUGUCAGGAGCAGGGGAUACGUUAUAACAAUGUCGACAUCAAACAAACAGACUAUGCUGGACACGGUUUAUUCCUCAAUUCGACUUGGAACGACUCUACUUCUUCCCUUGUUCAUAUUCCACAAAACCUUGUAUUGACAGCUUCCACAUUAUUGACAUUAUCAACCAAAUUUGUUAACGUUUUGGAUACUGCUUUAUCACCUUCUACGCUUCCUUUGGACCAACGUAUUCAAUUACCUGGGAAUGAUAGAACAAGUUUACGUUUAUUUUUGGCAUACGAAAUAAAUCAGGACAAAAAACAAAAUAACGAAUCUUCUUUUUGGCAACAUUAUAUUCACAGUCUUCCUAGUCUUUCCUUCUUUCAAGAAAACCAUGUACUCUUCUUGGACCCUGACGAUCUUUUAUUUCAACUUUUAGAAGGAACAAGUAUAGCCUCGUCAAUCCGUGCAAAACAAGCAAGUCUGAAACGUGAAUGGGAUCAUUUACACGCUCUAUGGGAUAUGACAUUUGAAGAUUGGCUUUUGGCAGAUACUCUCUUCUGGUCACGCGUAGUAAGAUUGACGAAUGGUGACACCAACAAUGAUGAUGAUGAUGAUGGUACUGGUGAUCUUGCAUUAAUUCCAUUUUUUGAUUUGGCUAAUCAUAGCACCCAACCAACGAUACGAUGGCAACUCUCGAAUGAUGGACUUGAUCUUGUACCUUUUGAUGUGCCCAUACGUGAUGGUACUGAACUUUGUUUAUCCUAUGGACAAAAACCAAAUCAAGAAUUACUCUUUUUACAUGGAUUUACUUUGGAAGACAAUCCAGUGGUAGGACAAACUACUUUUUCUUUGUCUCCCUUUUUGAACCCUGGUAUGGAUGAAGAAAGUGCUCUCAAAUGUCAAUGGCUUCAACAAUUGGACCAAUUCAAACCUUUAUUGGUAUUGACCCAACCCUCACAAUCUGGUUUAUUUGGACAGACAGGUUGGACUUUUGAAUCUAUAUGUAUGAUGUAUCUGGCAGCAUUGGAUCAAGAUGAUAAAUCAUCUUCAGUACAACUAUCUUUGGAAGGAAAGAAAUUAACAACAUGGAAUGAUUUGUCGUCAGCAGUGGAAGUUUUACCUCAUGCACCUGUGAUUCAACUGCGAGUGGUGAUGAUGUUAUUAGAUGCAUCUCGAUAUCAUUUACAACAAAUAUCAGACCACGACACGAUAUUGGAAGAAAGUGACGAUCUAUCUGAACGCAAUCUCACUUGUCAUAUUGUACGAUACAGAGAUGAAGAACGACAACGAUUACAACAAUCUGUGGAUUCAUUAUCUCAAUUAUCUGAAGAGUUGAUGCAAAACCCAGUAGUCAAGGAUUAUUUAGAUGCUAUGAAUGCUGAUGAUGAUAGUUAGAUUUAUACCUAUAUUAUCAAUAAAAUGUCGAUUUCGCAUGAAAGAGC